CCGGCGCGGGCAGGUAAUCCCGAGCGGGCAGAGGGGCGGCCACCGUCCGUCCGACCCGAGCCUGUCCUGCGAGGUGGCCCGGCAUGUCCCCUGGGCGCCCUGUCCUACCGGGGCGGACCUCUGCUGAGAGAAGGGGCCUGGACCCCGGGUGUUCAUAAGAAUGGAAGCACCGUUUCCUUGCCAGAUUCCUUACUGCUGUAUCUUAUGAACCUACAGAAUCUUGGGGAAGAACCUGUAUUUAAUGAUGACAAAACCUGUCACCAGUGUAGCAACAACGGUCUAAGGGCAGAAACGAGUGAAAAUAAAAGACGCGUUUAUAUUUAUAUACAACAAAGACGUCAUUUCCCGUGGACAGCCUGCGCCGCAUCAUUCUUCCGAGAUGAACCGGUACACGACCAUGAGACAGCUGGGGGACGGCACGUACGGGAGCGUGCUCAUGGGCAAGAGCAACGAGUCCGGGGAGCUGGUGGCCAUCAAAAGAAUGAAGAGAAAGUUCUAUUCUUGGGAUGAAUGUAUGAACUUGAGAGAAGUUAAGUCUCUGAAGAAACUUAAUCAUGCCAAUGUGAUCAAACUGAAAGAAGUUAUCAGAGAAAAUGACCAUCUUUAUUUUAUAUUUGAAUAUAUGAAAGAAAACCUCUAUCAAUUAAUGAAAGACAGAAACAAGUUGUUCCCUGAGUCUGUCAUCAGAAAUAUUAUGUAUCAGAUAUUGCAGGGGCUGGCAUUUAUCCAUAAACAUGGUUUUUUCCAUAGGGACAUGAAACCGGAAAACUUGCUUUGUAUGGGCCCAGAACUUGUGAAAAUUGCUGACUUUGGACUUGCGAGAGAACUAAGGUCACAGCCCCCGUAUACGGACUAUGUAUCCACCAGAUGGUAUCGCGCUCCUGAGGUUUUAUUAAGAUCUUCGGCUUACAGCUCCCCCAUCGACGUGUGGGCUGUUGGCAGUAUAAUGGCUGAACUGUAUACAUUAAGACCGCUUUUCCCGGGGACAAGUGAGGUCGAUGAAAUCUUCAAGAUUUGCCAGGUUUUAGGGACGCCUAAAAAAAGUGACUGGCCAGAAGGGUACCAGCUUGCAUCCUCUAUGAAUUUCCGCUUUCCCCAGUGUGUUCCUAUAAACCUAAAAACUCUUAUUCCCAAUGCCAGUAACGAAGCCAUUCAGCUUAUGACUGAAAUGUUGAACUGGGACCCAAAGAAACGACCAACAGCAAGCCAGGCCUUGAAACACCCAUAUUUUCAAGUUGGUCAAGUAUUAAGCCCUUCCUCACAUCAUUUGGAAUCGAAACAGCCUUUAAAUAAGCUUGUGCAACCACUCGAACCAAAGCCAUCUGCAGCGGAUCCAGAACCUCAGCCUCUGCCGGACAUCAAUGACCAGGCUGCCGGACCGCCCCAGCUGAAGAACAGCCACCAGCCACUGCAGUCUAUCCAGCCGCCGCAGAACGUGGGUGUCCAGCCAGCACCCAAACAGCACAGGCAGCAGAAAAGGCCGCCAACCCUCUUUCCAAGUAUCGUCAAAAAUAUGCCCACUAAGCCGGGCGGCGCCCUGGGCCACAAAGGCGCCCGGAGGCGCUGGGGCCAGGCCGUGUUCAAGGCUGGAGACGGCUGGGCAGACCUGGAGGACAGCGACUUUGGAGCCUCCCAUUCCAAGAAGCCAAGCAUGGGCUUGUCCAAGGAGACGAGGAGAAAGGAGUCUCCGUUUCGGCUUCCAGAGUCGGUGCCCGCGGGCUCCAGCUACUCAACAAGGGAAAACAAGAGCUUACCUGCUGCUGUUACCCUGAAAUCAGAUUCGGAACUGUCAGCUGCUUCCACGGCCAAACAGUACUAUUUGAAACAGUCAAGAUACCUUCCGGGUGUCAACCCCAAGAACGUGUCCCUGGUUGCCAGUGGAAGGGAUAUGAACCCGUAUGUCUGGAACAACCGGUUGUUUCCUAAGUCACUGGGACCCUUGGGGGCAGAACUUGCUUUCAGAAGGAAUAACGCAGAAGAAAGCAUAAUCAAACCCAUUGAAAAGCUAUCAUGCAACGAAAGUUUCCCUGAAAAAUUAGAGGACCCACAAGGAAAUCUUGGAAGUUAUGCUCCUUACAAUCAGUCAGGAUAUAUUCCUUCCUUUUUCAAAAAAGAAGUGGGGUCAGCUGGCCAGAGGAUACACUUAGCACCGCUUGGUGCAACAGCUUCAGAAUAUCCCUGGAACACCAAAACUGGUCGGGGGCAGUUUUCAGGACCUACUUAUAAUCCUACAGCCAAGAAUCUACAUAUUGUGAACCGUGCACAGCCAGUGUCCCCUGUGCAUGGGAGGACAGACUGGGUGGCCAAGUAUGGAGGCCACCGGUAGGAAUCUAGCGUGAAACCCCAUGGCGUCACGCCACGGAGUCCACGCAAGUCCCCUGACCCUGGGAAAUGUCUACAGCUGUCUAUUUCUACUGUGUUCUGGAAGAAAUAUACAAUAGUGGGUACU